GAAGCCACAAAGUACAACAUGUUGAUUCUGCAGCUGCAUGAUAAAAGCUCUGUGCAGUCUGAUCACACCUGUGUCAGUGAGAAGGGUCUCCAUGGAUCCAGUCAUAGUCUUGGUGCUCAGUCUUUCCUGUCUGCUUCUCCUCUCACUCUGGAGACAGAGCUCUGAGAGAAGAAAGCUCCCUCCUGGCCCCACCCCUCUCCCAAUUAUUGGCAAUUUCCUCCAGAUAGAUGUGAAGAACAUCCAGCAAUCCUUUACCAAUUUCUCAAAAGCCUACGGCCCUGUCUUUACUCUGUAUUUUGGCACACAGCCCACUGUGGUGUUGCAUGGCUAUGAGGCAGUGAAAGAAGCUCUAAUUGAUCAUGGGGAGGAGUUUGCUGGAAGAGGAAGGCUCCCAGCUGUGGAUAAACUUCUUAAUGGCCUUGGAAUUGUUUUUAGCAAUGGAAAUAUGUGGAAAGACAUGAGACGCUUUUCCCUCAUGACCCUGCGAAAUCUGGGCAUGGGAAAAAGGACCAUUGAGGACCAUGUUCAAGAGGAAGCACAGUGCCUUGUGGAGGAACUGAGGAAAACCAAUGGCUCACCCUGUGAUCCCACCUUCAUCCUGGGCUGUGCUCCAUGCAAUGUCGUCUGCUCCAUUGUUUUCCAGAAUCGUUUUGAUUAUAAAGAUCAGGAAUUUCUUAACUUGAUGGAAAAACUGGAUGAGAACACCAAGAUUCUGGGCUCCCCCUGGUUACAGGUUUGCAAUACUUUUCCUGCCCUGCUUGAUUAUUGUCCAGGAAGCCAUAACACAUUUUUUAAAAAUUAUUCUUAUAUGAAAAGUUACUUUUCGAAGAAAAUAAAAGAACAUGGAGAAUCACUGGAUGUUACAAAUCCUCGGGACUUCAUUGAUUAUUACCUAAUUAAAAGAAGGCAGGAAAGCUGCAGUCAGCAGUUGAAGUACACAAUUGAAAAUCUGAUAGCGAUUGUGACUGAUCUGUUUGGUGCUGGGAUAGAGUCAACAAGCACAACGCUGAGGUAUGCUCUCCUGCUCCUGCUGAAGCAUCCACACGUCACAGCUAAAGUCCAGGAAGAGAUUGAUCGUGUGGUUGGCAGACACCGCAGCCCCUGCAUGCAGGACAGGAGCCAGAUGCCCUACACAGAUGCCAUGGUUCAUGAGGUCCAGAGAUUCAUAGAUCUUCUCCCUAACAGCAUUCCCCAUGCGGUGACCUGUGACAUUAAGUUCAGGAACUACCUUAUCCCCAAGGGAACAACCAUAAUAACAUCACUGUCGUCAGUGCUGCAUGACAGCAAGGAAUUUCCCAACCCAGAGAUGUUUGACCCUGGACACUUCCUAGAUGGGAAUGGAAACUUUAAGAAAAGUGACUACUUCAUGCCUUUCUCAACAGGAAAACGGAGCUGUGCAGGAGAGGGCCUGGCACGCAUGGAGCUGUUUCUAUUCCUGACCACCAUUUUACAGAACUUCAAGCUGAAAUCUCUGGUUCACCCAAAGGACAUCGAUACGACCCCAGUGGUCAAUGGUUUUGCUUCAGUGCCUCUCCCUUUCCAGCUCUGCUUCAUUCCUGCAUGAAGAUCAGAUGCCUGACUCCUGUUGUAUUCUUUUAUGAAAUCACCCCAAGGCCUACAUUUACCACUUUCCCAGCAGGGACAUUGUGUCCUUUCCUCUUCUCACAGCUUCUGUUCUCUCAUUGCCCAGGGACAUCAAUUCUCUUUUUUGCAGUCUCUGAAGUCACUGCACAAAUAUGUCUGCCCUUGUAUAUUCUCUAUAACACUGUUAAUAUUCCUGGUACUCACAUGAAUCUAAACCUAUGCUAUUAAGAUGGAUUUCAUGUAAAACAGAUAAAUUCCUACCACAAAAAACAGAUAAAUAAAUAAUUCACAAUCACGUGUAUCUUCUGCAUGUUCUUGAUAAAAACAUUUUCAGUUUGUA